UUUGCCAGGUCAAUAAAAUGUGUAUAAAUUAACUAAAACAAAGUAAUUGACACAGGUGGUAAAUGAUGUACUACACAAUUUAUAGUGAAAUUUCAUGCAAAUGAAGUAUAAAGAUACUUUAAAUAUAUCCAAUUGGUAGACGAACAGGCAAGGCUAUGGCAGCUACUAGUGGUGACAUUGAAAAUCGCACUGGCAGAGAGUAUUACACAUGAUUUCCCACAUAUGAAGUGAUGGCAAUGAUUUAGGGCCUGAAAGCAACAAACCAUCAGUUUUCACACAACUUUAAAACUUAAACCAGCAGAAUAAUGCUACACAUGGAACACGAAAACAGUCUAAACCAUAUUUCUCAAUCCCUGAAACUGAUGUAAUGCACUGGUGUAAUGGUGUAAUGUCCUAGUUGACGCUGUUUUUAGUUUUCUUCAGACUUUUUUUGGUCAUUAUCUUACCGUAAAGCAAACCUCUGACCAACCAGUUUGUCAUCUGAUCUUAAUAUCUACUUCCUGCAUCAGAGCGUGUUGUGACACAGUUGCAUGUUAUUAACUGGACUUUAUAAUCUAAAAUGUGAGUUUUUGAUAGAUAACGUGGGGCGUGAGUGAAAAUCUCAACAUUGUGAUGUUGAUAAAACUCUUGCCACAACGAACAUUUGAGCUUUACUGCAACGUUCCUUGUUUACAACUGAUCACCAAGAUACUCUGGAAGCUUUUGAUCCAUGUGACCCCACUUUAACCCUGAUAAGUCAUACAUUCACACUAUGAAUAAGAUUAGGGUUCCGGUAUUAAAAACAUGGCUUUCCUCAAUGUGUGUGUUUUCUGUACUGGCUCUGAUGCCACUUUAAUUGAUUUGCUUCUGGUGGUGAUUAUGUAACAUCAUCAGCCAACUGUUUAUUUGAGGAAGGAAGAAGGAGUGAGAGAGAAGUACAUAACAGAUAAGAGCUGACUAUGCAGACUGACCUUUCAGAAAGUUUGCUGCUUUGUCACAGAUUGGGAAUCACUUCUUUUUUCUUUUUCUUUUUCAGUUUGAAAUCAAAUAACCUCUGACUCGGUGAUCACACUAUGUAAACAGAAUGCAGAUUAAAUCCUCUGCUCAAAUAUUCAUGGCUUCUCCUUUUUUUUUACAGGAACUCUAUAGCCACUGAUUUCAUUUAGUGAGCAGUGAAAAGCCAGUGAGGAGGGACUAAUCAGUGAAUGCAGCUGGUGUCUGAUUGGACUGAAAACCUGCUGUGGGGUUCAAGAGGCAGCAAUAAAAUAAAGAAGAAGGACUUGACUCAAAAGAGUUUUUUCUCUCGUCACACAUUUGCACAAUCACACACUGACGCCUCAAACUGAAUGUGUGAGUGAGAUGAGGAGUGAGAAAGAGAGCGAGUGUCAGAGAAAUGAGUUCUACUCCACCCACAACCAUCCAUGUCCAAUGUGAGGGGGUGGUGAAACAGUUGAGUGCUUACUGUGCUAUUAACUGGCAUUAUUUGGUUUUCUCAAUCUGGAGAAGAGACUUGUCAAGACUGCUCCUCAUCAGAAUUUCACCCGGUUGGAGCAACAAUGAAUUCUCAUGUGAAACUUCGGAAGGAGAAGGUCGGUGUGGUGGAUUAUGAUACACAAAUCAAAGAGGUACGCUGCCAGCUUACAGACCAACUGAAGGUGUUGGACUUGCAACUUGAGCAGAAGACCCAGCAGCUGCAGGAUUUGACAGACUACCUGCGGCGGCGGGGUGAAAUUGAAAGCGAGUAUGCACGGUCCCUGGACAAACUCGCUGAAAGGUUUACGUCCAGAAUUAAGAGGAAGGAGACCAGCAGUCACUCUGUGUCAAAGGUCUGGCUGACUCUGCUUUCUCAGACACGCCAGGAAAGUAGGGACCAUAAUGGACUGAGUGAGAGUUGCUGCAACUUCCUCAUCCACCCCCUCACUUACUGUCUUGAGUACACACAACGCCUUGCUAAAAAGAGUAAAGAUGUCUGUUCUCAGCUACAGGAUGGUCUACUCAAGGGCACCACAGAGCUGCAGACUGCAUGGAGGACAUACUACCAGUACCACUCGGAGUAUGUGUGUGCACAGGGAAAGCUGAAGGAGGCAGCGAAACUGGAGGAAAAGCAGAAGCAGAGUGCUGCAAAGAAACUGGAGAGGUUGAUAGAAAAAAGACAAGGUAAGGUUCAAGAGAUACACCUGAAAUGCAGCAAGGCCCGAAAUGACUACCUCAUAAACCUGGGUGCAGCCAAUGCCUCCAUGAAUAAGUACUACUUCCAAGACAUCUCUACUCUCAUUGAUUGUGCAGAUGUAGGCUACCACCUCUCUUUAGGCCGGGUGUUGCAGGCCUACAUGUCCAAACGGAGGCAGGCUCAGCAGAACUUGAGCACAGGGCUAAAGCAGCUUGAAGGGGCCAUGUCUGAACUGGAACAGAGCCACGACAGAGACACUUUCCUGCAGGACAACUACAACACCUUCUCUAUGCCCCUUCGUUUCACCUAUCAGCCCCAUGACGGCGACCAGAUUUCUGAGGUCAGUGCAGAGAGUGAAAUGAGAUGUGAGCUGGAGACCAGAUUCAAACAGAUACAGACACGACUGAAAGCGGUCACCCUGGAAACAGAGGAGGCCAGUAAGAAUAUGUUGGCAGCCCAGUCUUCCCUGGUGGAGACUAUCGCUGACGAUGAUCUGGAGCCCAGCAGCUAUGGUAGUUCAUCUAAAGAAGGCAGCAUUGAAAAUCUCACCGUCAAGCCUAGUGUGGCCCGGCGCAGGGCCAACCUGCAGGAGAUAGAAAACAUGUACUUCACUAGAGUCAAAGAGUACCUUGUUGGCAGUUCCCUUGUAUCUAAACUGCAAGCCAAACACGACCUGCUAAAAGUGGCUGUAGAAAAAGCUGAUGCUUCAAAUGGAUAUCAACCUAGACACGGUAGGAAGUCCAUGCGUGUCAGAAGGAAUCACUCGAGCACCAGUUUUACCCACAACCACAAGCUUUUCAAUGGAGACAUGAUGUCCUUCAUACAGGCAUCAGGACAACAGAUUCCAAUUGUUGUGGAAAGUUGUAUCUGCUUCAUAAACCUCAAUGGUCUCCACCAUGAAGGGAUAUUUAGAGUGCCUGGGUCUCAGACGGAGGUCAACAACCUGAGGGAUGCAUUCGAGCGAGGACAAGACCCCCUGGCCGAGCAGACGUAUGACAUGGACUCUGUGGCUGGUGUGCUGAAACUUUACUUUAGAAGCCUGAACAAUCCCCUCUUCCCCAUCGACAGCACCAACCAACUCCUGGAGUAUGCUCAAAUCAAGAGCAAGGCGGAGAGAGCAGCUCAGCUCAAAACAGUCAUCGCUUCCUAUCCAGAUCCAGUCAUCGUUGUCAUGCGGUAUCUCUUUGCAUUCCUUUAUCAUGUGUCACAGUACAGUGACGAGAACAUGAUGCAGCCUUACAACCUGGCUGUGUGUUUUGGUCCCUCUCUAGUCAGAGGCGCUCAGGAAGAAGAUGCUGUGACCCUGCAGCCUCAGAUCAACGCUCUGGUGACGAGCAUCAUCAUCCAGCACGAGAGCAUCUUCCCCAGCCAGAGUGAAGUUCAGGGUCCAGUGUAUGAGAAAUGCAUGACACUGGAACAGGACGACUGUGAGUCUCUUAUUGAAGAAGGAGAUGGAGAAGCAGAGUACAGUCAUGGCAAAGAUGAGUUGGAAACGUUUUCCUUAGCUGACAGCAGCACCAGCUUGUCUGCAGCACCAUCACAGACAAGCGAUGAACGUCCCAGAGACAGAGACAUCAGCAGCAGUUUUGACAUUGAUCGAAACAGGUUAACGUGUUUAACAGCAGGGGGAGCCAUCGCACCAGGAGUAAAGUUAAUGUUUCAGCUUCCUGUUGGGCCACAGUGCAGGCCGAGGAGGGCCCCGUCUCCAUUCUUGGUUCACAGACUGAUCCAGGAACACUCAUCUUCAGAGGAUGUUGGUGUUCAAGUAGACAAGGAGGUCUGUCGCCAGAUGGACUCGGUCUUCAAGGAACUCCUCUCUCGUCAAGUAUCGCAGGAUCCCUCCUCCUCCUCCUCCACCACCUCCUCUCCCUCUGUCCAAGCUGCCCAAAGGAAAGGGAAGCGGGAUGGACGCAGGGGGAAAGGAGGGGGGCUUUUUAAAUCAGUAGAUCCACUGGACUGAGAGGCAUUAGUAGAUGACAUGAAAAGAGAGAGGGGAGGUUAUAAGUGAAAAGUGAAGUGUGUGGUGACGUGUUCUGACAGCAGCUUUCAGCACUUCUAUUUCUAGAAAACUGACACUGCUGACCCAGAGUCACUUCUGAACGCCCUGUGAUUCGCCCGGGCUUCUUUUCAUUUGAUGGCUCUUGCCUCGGAGGCGUUCUCAUUCAUGGUUUGUGCAGCAGAUCCCUGUUGUGAUGGUGGAGCAGCAGCACAUUGUGUAAACUGUGGAUUACUUGAAUUGCACAGAUUUGUGUAGGUGUUGAUAUUCAACCAUUUCCAUUUCAAGCCAAUGUUUUUUCAAGCGCAUAUAUGUGGUGGGUUGUUUUAUCUGAAAUAUAAGUGGUGAGCUGUCUUGGCCAGGUCUUCCUCAUAAAAGUGAUUUCUUUCUAGUUGACUUUCAAGUCAGCACUUGUUCAUCUACAUACUGUUGCACAAAUGUUCUUCAUAAAAUGUUUGUUUUUCAAAAUUUAAGUAAAAAAGUGACUAUUGUAGCUGCAAAAACUGUAUAUUUAUUUGUAAGGAGUUGUUGACUAACAUAUGAUUCUCUGGAUAUCUGGGCUGCAAAAUAAAUAUUUUUUGCCCUCUUUUGUUUUUAAUUAGUCGCAAGACGAGGGAAGUUUGAUCAUUUUGACUGUAGUCAUGCAGUUUCUAUUGCCACUGAACAUUAUUAGAAUUUACAGAUGGGUGUUUUUUUUUUAUCCAUCAGUUUUAUGUCAAUGAGGUUAACUAAAUUAGAGUUGAGACUGAUUAAUCAAGCAGAUUGUUUUGCCAUUUUGUAAAAUAAUCAGAAUUAUCUAAUUAUUAAAGUAAUGAGCUAGAUUAUUACUUAUUUAUGUAAGUUUACAUAUUUUUGUUAUCAGAAACAUGAUAAAUGCUGCCAAAUGUAUAUGUAACAAAAUAAAGUUUUAUGAUGUC